GACCCAGCUCAGUCUCUCGUCAACCCGCGACCGCAGCGAGUGCUUCUAGACGCCGCCGCGCUACUGCGUUACAUGUGAUACCAGUGAUCCCGUGUACCAUGGUGACAGUGUUUUAUUCGACAAAAAUAAACAAGUGACAAUUUUUCUAAGCGAAUAUCGCCGAUUACGUUACACACCAGACAUCGAGAUGUCGGUGAUGCAGAAGAGGCAGCACUGCUAUUUGUGCGAUCUUCCCCGGAUGCCAUGGGCGAUGCUGCACGAAUUUUCGGAGCCAGUGUGCCGUGGAUGUGUCAAUUACGAGGGUGCGGAUAGGAUAGAGGUGGUUCUCGAUACGGCGAGGCAGCUGAAGCGCGCUCACGGUUUCCAGGAAGGCCGUGGACCUACACAUGCGAAAGGCGCUCACCGUGCACCUUUGGAAGCGCAUCAGAAUGGUGCAGAAUCAUCAGCGAGGGGUCAGCCGGCUCCACCGGCGCAUCAUGCUCCCACAGCUGGAUUUACGCUGCAUCAUUCGCGACCAGCUACAAACGCUGGGCUGUUAGCGGAGUACGGAAGUCGGCGGGAAGAACAUGAGAGCCGGCGACUCGCCCACUUGCCUCUGGCGCACUUGCCGACGCACGGUGGUGCUCGCCUCGCUCCUGGUCUCACGCUCAAAAGGCCCCUGGACGAUGAUGAUCACCAGAAUCAUCAUGAACCAGCAAAAAGGCUUUUGGAAGAGCACUCCCGCCCACCCCUAACCCGUGGCGAAUCUUUGCCCGCAGUUUCCCUGGCUGCUCCUUUUGCGCCUGAUCGUGUUUUCAAACAAGAAAAGCACCCACUGCGUACACCAUCAUUUGAUGCAGCUUUUAAAACUAACGGUUAUGGAAAUAGUGCUCCACUAACGAAUGGUUCGGCUGGAUCUCCUUUGGGUCGCACAGCAGGAUCUCCCCCAGUGACAGGGGCUGGAGCAGGGCCGUCCCCUAUGGCCGCUCUGAUGUCAGUGACCGACACAUUACCCCCCGGAUCUCCGAGAUCCGCUGGAGGAUCACCCCCACAGCCGCCACCACAGCGAUCAGCUAGUCGCUCUAGCCAGCACUCGCCCAAUUCUUCAGGGUCGAACGGCGGGCGGCGGUCGUCGGGCUCGCGACACGUGUCAUCAACGACGUCAGUUUCUUCCACGGAGGCUGGUGAAGGCACCGAAGCGGCUGCCCCUGCGCCAGCUCCUCUGCUGAAAUGCACCCUGUGCCAAGAACGCCUGGAGGACACACACUUCGUGCAGUGCCCGAGUCAACCACAUCACAAAUUCUGCUUCCCGUGCUCCCGGGAUUCAAUCAAGAGACAGCAAGGAUCUGAGGUUUACUGUCCAAGUGGCGAGAAAUGCCCGUUGGCGAACUCGACCGUGCCCUGGGCAUUCAUGCAGGGCGAGAUCGCCACGAUCCUAGGAGAGGAGUUCAAACCGAAGAAAGAGCGGGAGACCUAGGGCAGCGUGCCGCCGCGUAGACUUUAUCUCUUGUCCCUCUCACUGUGAACUGACCAGGGGAGGAGUGUCGGGCGGCCGCUUGGCGCCGACAAGCGCAUCGCGCACUUUGCUCGCGGCCCGGGGCUGGGCCCGCCGCGUCGGAACACUUGUAUAUACAUUGUAAAUAACGUUACGUUAGUUGGCACCGCCCGGUGUCUCGGAAUGGCUCUCCGCGACCCCAGCGGCCGGAGGACGAUGGACCGUAUUCAGCGUAAUGGAUCCGCAAGCAUAGAACCAUCUCACAAAUCGGAUGUUUUCGUGUUUUAAUCUGUGAGUUAUGCAAUAUUCUGAAUAUAGUACAUAUCCGUUUUCGAAUCAUUUUACGAUUAUUGUCUCGUUGUAAAAAGUCGAUUUAACAAUAGUUUUUUGAUCUGAAGUGCUUCUCGUCGACAGAAGUAGGUCUGGCAUUUUUUUAUCGAGAACUCUUCGGAUGCCAUUUUCUUAGUUACCUUUAGGUCCUGAACCAUAGUGAACUUGGCAUUUAUUUAUGUGAUUUUAUAUACUGUACGAGUAUUAUACUAUAUAAUAAUGAUCAUGACAUUUUAUGUAGUUGAUUACUGACUGUAAAAAUGUAGUUAAAAAUAUUGGAAGCGCAUCGCUCUUUGUACAGAUAUUAGAACUUAUACUUAAAAUAUUAUAUCUAUUAAUUGCAUACGGCGCAUAAAUAAUUUUCUUAUUUUCUUGUAUUGGAAGCGUAUUUUUUCCGAGUGGCUCGAGUUCCGUUAAUGUAUUGGACGACAUUCGGCCUGGACACGAUUCAAGUUUCGUUAGUCGCAUACAAGUAGAAAUUGUUUUCGAAUUGGAAGUCAAAUCGAAAUUGGAUUGUAAACUCGUUUCGCUCCGCAGAGCACUAAGUGUUGGGUUGAUUAUUUUGUAAGGUUAAGUGUGGUUUGGUCGGCUGCAGUAUUAGCGAGACGUGCGCACGUCGGGGCGCGCCUAGUCAUUUUGUGAAAUGUCAAUCUGAUCCGCGAACGCGCGGCCGUUAUAGGAACUCUUAAAACUCGCUGCUAUAUUUGUAUAAAGUGAAGUAAUUAUCAUUAUAUUAUUAUCAUUGUAUGUCAUAAUGUUAUUACAGUUAGUGUGUCAAUUUCGAAGGCUAUCAGAUGGCGGCCGGUUGGCUUUUUUGUUUCGCUUGGCCUCGUAGGAAGGGAAUUGUUUCGAUAUCUGUUGGACAGAUAGCUCGUAUUAAUAAAUCGGUUUAGCGUUUUCUAUCUUUGUAUGAGUACAAGUCGUCUUCUAGUUUCUGAUGUUUAGUAUCGUUUGGUCGAUUUAUUAAUGCGUUGGUUACAUCGUUGUCGUGUAUGUAGGGCAGUCAUCAGUGUGCCGGCGUACAGUCCGCGCACAGGGAACAGCGCGGUUAUCUAGUGUCAUAUCCGUCAGACGCGACAUGACCUUAUCUUACUGUUUAGCACGUUCAAUUUAAUUGACAUGUCCAUUAUUUAUUUUAGAUUCGUGUACAUAUAUUAUUAUUAUCUACGGUACUUUGUAUAUAAUUAAACUUGUAAAUAAUAAUGAUUUAAUGGGUUCUAGCCGCUAGAUUAUUCAAGGCUAUCCAGUCAGUAUUACUAAGUACUGUGAGUCUUGUAGUUAUUUAUAAAUCACAUAACUUGCAAUCGAUUUUGUUUUACUCGACGUGAAUAUUUCUAUAACUGCUGUAUUUAUGGUGAUAUCGAAAUUAUAUACGUUUAUUUAUUGAAACGCCGAGAUGGCGGGUUUUAUUGCUUUUCUGUUUGUAUAACUGUCUAACAAAAAUGUUGUUAAUUUAUAUUUAACGUUUUCUGAUAGAUUCGAAAUUGAUGUAUCGUUUUUUACACUACCCAAUGUUUGGGGUCUGUCUGUUUACAUUAAAUAUUCAAGGUGUUUACGCAUAUUUGUUGCAAUUAACUUUUAGUAAUACGUUUGUAUAAUAAUUGCGACAAAUGUGCGUGAAGCGUAUUAUAGACGGGGUCUGAGCACAAAGAGUGCAAAAUUUUCUUUUUCUUUUAUACUUUUAAUGUAUGCAUAUAUGAAUUGUCUAAAUUAUUUUUAUUGUUUUGGUUUUCGCUCGCUUUAUUACGGAUUAUUUGAGCUAAACAUGAAUGCGUACAUUGAAUGUAUUCAAGUUUUAGUCCGCCUCUAUCGAUAGGCUCGUAAUAAGGUUCUCGAUAAUCGAGUUAUAUGUUUCUUACUGCAAGCAAGUGAAAUGCUUCGAUUAAGACGUUAUUGUAAAUGUUGGUGAAAUACAAUUGAUGUGAUUUUAUAA